AUGUUGCUGCUCGUAUCUUUUCUCCCCUGUGUGUCAGCCCAAUGGAUCUAUCCUCCCAACAUCCCUUCCGGCAAAAACCUCGCUGAUUACACAUCCGGCGCCACCUCCCCCAUCACCGACUUUCACAUCUACGAUAUUGUAGUUGGAGGCUUCAGAACACCCAAGCCGAGCUUUACAAUCUCCCGAUGCUCCCAAGAGGGCCGAACCGUUCCGAUCUAUCCAUCAAACAGCACCUUCAACUCCACUGAUGGCCGUCUCGCUGCGGACGGCACCUGGGAGGCCAUGGAUAGCUACAGCAAUGGGGCUUGGGCCAAUAUCUACAGAGCAGGCAAGCAGCCAUGGAUCUCUCCCUUGUGGCACAUGGUUGGUAACGAAACAACGGGCCGCGUGUGCUGGUGGGAGCUGUAUAGUGUGCAUGAAGAGAAGAUACCCUGCUACCCGACGGAAGGACAUGACUGUACCAACGCAUUCACACGGACGGUGACGGUGCUUGGGAAUGAUAGGGAGAAUUACUUUGCGACUGUACCGUUCGUCGUGCACCCGGAGAUGAGGGAGGGGAAGAAGAAUUAUACUUGGCGGAACGGCGAUCAUACGGGGUCGAGAACGACGCUGGUAUUUUCCAACAGGCCAACAGGAAAUGCAGCAGUGCAGUCAGAGUCAACGUUUUCAUUAACCGGAAUCCAAGGGGGUGUGCUGGUUGGUUUGAUAUCAGUCCUCGGGGUGGUCCAGGGAUAUUUUUAG